GCCUUUCUCCCCGCCGUCAUUUGGCUCCAGGCCCGGAAAGCGGGCGAGGAGGACUCCCCAAGCCUGUUGGCAGCAGUUGGAGCAGCAUCUGCAGCCAUGGCCUCUGGAGACUCUAUGAAGAAGCUCUGUGAAGAACUGGCCUGUCCCAUCUGCUUGGAGUAUUUCAAGGAGCCUGUGAGCCUCUCCUGUGGGCACAAUUUCUGCCAGUCCUGCCUGGAUCGAUGCUGGGAGGAGAAAGAGGCCUCCUGCCCCCAGUGCAGGGAGAAAGUGCAGGAAGGAGACACCAGGCCAAAUAGGCAGCUGGUGAAUCUGGUGGAAAUAGUCAAGGAACUGUGGAGCCUGAAGGUGGAAGAAAAGGGAAGAGUCUGUGAGAGGCACCAGGAGCCCCUGAAGCUCUUCUGCAAGGACCACGAAGACCCCAUCUGUGUGGUGUGUGACAAGGCAAAAGAGCACGAAAACCACAAAGUGAUUCCUCUGGAUGAAGCAUCAAAGGAGUACAAGGAUCAGAUUUGGGAUUCUCUGGAGAGUCUGAAGAAGGAGAGAGAGAAAAUUAUGGCCUGCAAAGCAGAUGCAGCGCGGGAAAGCCAAGAAUUGCUCGAGAAAACCAAAAGAGAGAAGGAGAAGACUGUGGCUACAUUCAAAUGCAUGCAUCAGUUUUUAGAAGAACAAGAGAGGAAUCUCCUGGCAAAAAUAGAAGAGAUAGAGAAGGAGAUUUCAGUAAAAGAGGAGGAACAUCUAUCCAAACUCUCUGAAGAACUCUCCUCUCUCUCAAAACUUAUCCAAGAGAUGGAGGAGAAGCAUCAGCAGCCGGCAAGUGAACUCCUCCAGGAUAUCAGAAGCUUCUUACAAGGGUAUAAGAAUAAGGAGAAAUUUGAGACUUCUGCAGCCUUUCCUCCUGCCCUGAAGUGGAAGAUCUGGGAUGUCUGUGAUAUAAACCCCUUUCAGGAGGGUGUCAUGAAGCAAUUCAGGGCAUCUCUGGAAUCUGGACUUCAGCAGAAAAAAGCACAUGUGACUCUGGAUCCAAAAACAGCCCAUCCUGUGCUCAUCCUCUCUGAAGAUCACAGACGUGUGACGUUAGGAGGGAAAAGGCAAAAUCUUCCUGACAAUCCAGAGAGAUUCACUGGAUAUCCUUGUGUGCUGGGCCAGGAGGGAUUCACAGGAGGCAGGAAUUUUUGGGAAGUCCUUGUGGGGAGUGAGGAGGAAUGGGCUGUGGGAGUUGCCAGAAACUCUGUGCAGAGAAAGAACUCGAACCACUUUGGUCCUGACGCUGGAAUCUGGGAAGUGGGAAAAUGGGGGGAUGGAUACAGUUUCUCCGACAACAACAACGAAUCCCCAUCUCUGACUCUGAGUGAGGAGCCCAAGAGGGUCCGAGUGACACUGAACCAUGAAUGGGGUCGGGUGGCCUUUUACGAUGCAGACUCAGCAGCCCUGAUCUUUGAAUACCCUCCAGCCUCUUUCUCAGGAGAGACCCUCCUCCCGCUCUUUUAUGUGGAUGGAAAAGCCCAACUGGCACUGAAGAAAAAGUCUGAACUUCGCAGAGGAGCAGCAUUUGCAGUCAUGGCCUCUGGGGACCCUGUGAAGAAGCUCUGCGAGGAACUGGCCUGUCCCAUCUGCUUGGAGUAUUUCAAGGAGCCUGUGACCAUCUCCUGUGGGCACAAUUUCUGCCAAGCCUGCCUGGAUCAAUGCUGGGAGGGGAAAGAGGCCUUCUGCCCACAGUGCAUGGAGAAAGUGCAGAAAGAAGACAACAAGCGGAAUUGGCAAUUGGCGAACCUGGUGGAGAUUGCCAAGGAACUGGGGAGCCAGAAGACAGAGGAAAAGGGCAGAGUCUGCCAGAGGCACCAGGAGCCCCUGAAGCUCUUCUGCAAGGACCACAAAACCCCCAUCUGUGUGGUGUGUGACAGGUCAAAGGAGCACAAAACCCACCAGGUGAUCCCUCUGGAGGAGGCAUCAAAGGAGUACAAGGAUCAGAUUUGGAAGUGUCUGGAGACUCUGAAGAAGGAGAGAAAGAAAAUUCUGACCUACAAAGCAGACACAGCACAAGAAAGCCAAGAUUUGCUUGCGAAAACCCAGAGAGAGAAGGCGAAGACUGUGUCUGCAUUCAGGCUCAUGCACCAGUUUCUAGAAGAACAAGAGAGGAAUCUGCUGGCAUAAAUGGAAGAGGUGGAGAAGGAGAUUUCAGCCAUAGUGGAAAUACAUCUGUCCAAACUCUCUAAAGAACUCUCCUCUCUCUCGAAACUCAUCCAAGAGACGGAGGAGAAGCAUCAGCAGCCGGCAAGUGAACUCCUCCAGGAUAUCAGAAGCACCUUACCGGGGUAUAAGAACAAGGAGGAAUUUGAGACUUCUGCAGUCUUUCCUCCUGCCCUGAAGUGGAAGAUCUGGGACUUCUGUGAUAUCAAUCCCUUUCUGGAGCAACUCUCCGUGGGUAAAAUCACACUAUAUUUCUUGGGUGCAGGAUGUCAGCCUUCCUGUGUUGGUUAUCCCUGGGUUUCUGAGAGUCACCAUGUUGUGCGAAGCCUUACUCUCUUUUUUCUCUCUCCAGCCUCUCUGGAAUCUGGGCUUCAGCAGGAAAAAGCACACGUGACUCUGGAUCCAAACACAGCCCAUCCUCGGCUCAUCCUCUCUGAAGAUCGCAGGCGUGUGACACAUGGGGAGAAAUGGCAAGAUCUUCCUGACAAUCCUGAGAGAUUCACUCAUCAUCCUUUUGUGCUGGGCCAGGAGGGAUUUACUGGGGGCAGGCAUUUUUGGGAAGUCCUUGUGAAGAAUGAGGAAGAAUGGUUCGUGGGAGUUUGCAGGAAGUCUGUGCAGAGAAAGGGAACCUUUCCCUGUGGCCCUGGCACUGGGAUCUGGACAGUGGGAAAGUCAGGAGGUAGAUGUGUGCCCCUAUCUUUGACUCUGAGAGAGAAGCCCAAGAGGGUCCGAGUGACUCUGAACUAUGAAGGGGGUCGGGUGGCCUUUUACGAUGCAGACUCAGCAGCCCUGAUCUUGGAAUACCCUCCAGCCUCUUUCUCAGGAGAGACCCUCCUUCCCUUCUUUUAUGUGAGUAAUAAAAACCAACUGGAGCUCUCUCCCUAAGGAUGGAGAGCAACGUCCAAAGAUUCCCACCAGCCAAGCUUUAUCUCCAGAGAUGUGGGGCUGAGGGUUGUUUUUGCUCUCUUUCUGAAGCCUCUCUGCUCUCUCUUUACAUCUGUGUCAAAACUUGACUGGGAGGCUGGAGUGUGAAUGAUGAAGCCACUCCUCAUGGCAGUGCUCCGCUCAUGGGUCAGCCGGGGACAUCUUCCUCCCAUUUGGAAAGCCAACUACAACAAGAACAACAAAGAGGGAAGAAAAGAUCCAAAUCUGUUUUUUGUCAAGAAUCCCAUUUAUCGGAAUUCAGUUGUAAGUCUAUUUGCUCUUGCGUUUCUUGGCAUUCCCCAGGGAUGUAGGGAGGACUUGUCUGUGAAGUUAAACAAAAGGGGUGAUAAACCUUGUCUCAUCCCCUUGCCAACUUGAAGCCAUGUAUUUCCUUCUUCUGUCCUCUGAAAUACUUUUCUGCACUCCCGUUAUCCAACAUAUGUUUCAAUAUGAUCCCUUGUGCCUCUUUUUCUACCCCAGAGGAGAUUCACUCUGUAUAUAGUAAAAUACUUGUCUUGGUAAUGUUUGGGUAUCACUUGUUUCAUGCCUGGAAGA